UAGGCUUCAAGUUCGUGUUAUGGAUGGAACCGCUUUUAUCUCAUUAUUGCUUUGGAAUCGCGAUGCUAUGCAGCUUAUAGGGAAGUCCGCAAAAGAACUUAAGGAAGGAUUAGUUGAGGAUCCACAGUUUUUUGAUGGACAAAGCUCAAGUGAAGAGAAGUUUUUUGGGGAUGUUAUGGCCGAAAGUGAGAUGAAGUCUGUUUUACAAACUCCCAUUGAGAAAAGUGUGUCAGAAAGUGGAUCGUCCGUGUUAGAAGAUGGUAAUGCUUGCAAUACAAAAAUAUCUCCUUUGAAGACGUAUGACAAGAGGAGUAGAUCCGCUAAUAAGGCAUCAACAGUAGGACAAGAUGAUGACUUCAAUUCUCAACUCUCUAGCAACAAGGUUCGCAAAGUCAUUAAGAAAGAAAAGAAUCCAUGACUGGCUACUGAAAUGCCUUUAGCUAUGCAAUUAAGAAAGUAAAGAUUUUUAUUAUUUGCGCAAGUUAUAUGUGGAGACAAAUCGUCUAAAUAUUGAUCUACAUUCAUCUUUAUUAAUCAUGAAUUUAAUCAGUAGUUAUUUCAA